UUUCGCACAACAAAAGGCAUUGCUCGAGAAGGAAAAUUCAUUUGCGAUGACGCAUUGGAUUUCGCUGGUGUACGACCUACAUGUAUGCUGAAUAAACCAUGAAUACUUGCUUUAAUAAGCAUUGAGAUUUACAGGGAGCCAUUGAAAAGCGAAAGUAAUGGCGGCGUCCACAACUUGAUCGCCGCCGUGUGUGAACUGAAAGUGAAGCUACGAUUUUAGUCUCUGCGGCCAGAAAUGUUCAUCUGAUAAUUGUUGACUGUAUUGUACUAAACAUCACCAUUGACCAUGGCGGGUGUGAUCUCAACUGACCAAUGGAGUAUCCGGGAAAAACUUUGCUUAGCGUCGUCCGUCAUAAGGAGUGGGGAUCAAAACUGGGUAUCAGUGAGCCGUGCUAUCAAGCCAUUUGGCGAUCCAGCGAGACCCUCUGACUGGUUCUCACAGAAGAAUUGUGCUUGCCAGUACUCUGCACUUCUUGAGACUGUGGACACACCAAAACGUAAAAGAAGUGAACGAGGUGAAGUAGUGGACACUCCAGGGGAUCUGAUUGUUCGCAAGAUGACCAAGGAACGUAUCGCCGAGCUCAAGACCAAGCUAGAAGAGGAUAAGGCCCAGUAUCAACAGCUUCAAAAAGAGAUCGAGCAGAUACAAAGCGGUCAAAUCGAUGAUAAAUUACAGUCAAUGUGGGAUGAGAUUCAAGAACAGAAGAGAGCAGCCGAAGAGGCAAUGGAAGCGAGGAAGGCUGCGGCUGAGUUGGCUAAAGCAGCCGCUGCUGUCAAACUACCCAGCAAGCUAGCCUUCCACUCUCCUCAUAAACGUCGGCCGCCAACCAGAGCCCCUCGCCUGGUAUCCCGUUGCCAGUCUGAAACAUCACAGGGUGAUAGUGUAGAGGUAGAUGAAGACACAUCACAGACACCAGUCAAGACAACUGAUGAGUCUGGUGCCGUUCCAUCUGAUACAUCAGUACAGCACGAUAAAUCAGCCUCUGCCAUUCUGACCUCACUCGCUGCAGCCAAAGAACAGGAACAAGAUGCAUUAGCUAUUCUUGAGGCAGAUGUCCCCAUCGACACGGAUAACGAUGAGGCAGCAGAAAGAUUACUUGCAGCUACUGCAAGUGACUUGGUGGAGUUACUGAGUCCGUACCCAGUAGACUCCCCAUCUUCCCAGAGUCUUGACGAGAGUUCUCUACCUUCCCAAGAUACACCGACUUCUACCCCAGUUCCAAGAGUUAAAGAACCUCUCAUCUUGAAGAUAGAGAAAGGAAUCCUUAAAACCAAAGAGACUAAAGUAGAACCUCAAGAAACCAAGUCCGAUGAGAGUGAGAUGGUAAACGUCGAAGAUCCAGUUAUUGAACAACAACCAACAGACCCUCAGGGGGCCAGUGUCAAUCAAGAAAUUGAUAAUGAGAUAUCGCUCAGCCCACUUGCCCCUGUUGCGGGUAAUGCUGUUCGACAAAGUAAUGCUCAAGUUCAGGAGCACUCUGUAGAAGCCACCAACCUUAAGAGUCCUGUGAAGACAUCAAAAUCAAAACUCACAGCAUCUCAAGAAACGGAUGAUCAUAUUCCCUCUCCUUCCUCGACGCAAAGAUCUCCAAGAAGGAAAAGCUUGAGUCCUGACCAACAGAAACUGAUCACCCAGAAACUUGACGCUGCUCUUUAUAAGAGUCAAGAGCUUGGUGCUACACAGAGUUCGUCUCCCGUACGAUGGCUUCGAUCAAUACAGGAUCGUAAGAUAACUAAAUCCUUAGACGAUACUAUGAAGAUGGACCAGUUAAGCAGAUCAAACCUGAAGAAUCAACCAACUGAGAAAUCAUCGACAAAGCCCGAUGUGGCCGACACAGAAAUCCCAACGAUGACCGGAGCCGAUCAGGAAAUCCACUCACCCGAUCCAAAGACUUGUAAACCACCGACUUCAGAUCAAACCACGACUGACGCCAAACAAAAUGGUCUCCAACUCUCAAACAAUCAACCCAAAACUGACAGCGACAGGAACAAACCUGAACUAAAGAAAGCCUCACCAACAAAGAAAAGCCCCGGAAGGGUUGAGGCUGAUCGAAACCUCGAUUUAACGGCAGCAGUUCAUUCAAGAGGAGUUAUCGAUAAGGACGACUUCCGUCACACAGACCCGUCCUCUCCGGAUAAUACCUUGUCUCGAGACGACACAGAGAUUAAGGUCAAGAAGAAAGCAACAAGAGGAAGACCUCCUAAUAGUCAGCGUAAGAGUACAAGAAGGAUUCAAGCACCUACGGGAGAGGAGGAUGAGUUCAGCCACACGGAUACUCCACCCACUGGCAGGAGAACAGCAGGCAAGGAUGGAGCAGCGAGUGCCAUUGCAUCUCUGAUCAGCGAAGAUUCCAAGGACGACACGCACAGUGAGGGGGAGGAGUCUGACGGACUGGACAAACCCUCAGAGAGUGACGAUCUGUCGGCCUCAGCUGGUACCCUGCAAUCUCCAUACUUCCUGGAGUCACUACCCAACAGCCCUGCAUCUGUCUCACACAGUGAGGAGGAUCACGCUUAUAAGAUUUGGCGCAAAGCGAUCAUGCUGGUUUGGAGAGCUGUUGCAAGCCACAAGUAUGCCAACAUAUUCCUCCAUCCAGUGACUGACGACAUCGCUCCAGGAUAUAAGAGCAUCGUCUUACGACCGAUCAAUCUGAUGACCAUCAAGAAGAAUAUCGAAAGCGGUUGCAUCCGAACGACCGAUCAAUUCCACCGGGAUAUGAUGCUGAUGUUUCAGAAUGCCAUCAUGUAUAAUAAUAUCGAUCAGCAUGUCCAUCACAUCGCUACCAUUAUGCAGAGUGACGUCGAGAAACAGAUAGAGGAGUUUGUGUCAACGCAGGCACUUGUACAACAACCGGACUCUACCAAAAUGCUGCGGGGUAGAGGCAAGCAGGGACAGGUGGAAGAGGACCGUUCACGUCGAAGUUCCACCGACACAGAUACGUCAGGGAAGAAGAGACGCACAAGAUCCGAUGAGAAUUAAAGAGGAACUCUCUGGGAAUUUUGGCCAAGAACUAUCUUAAAUUCAGGAUCAGAUCACAACGAUUUGUGACAAGGGCAUUGACCCAACGACAACAGUUUUAGAAAUGCCAUAAGUAAGCCUUUGGAUUAAUUUAUGUAGAUCUUGAAUACUGAUAGUUUCUUUCAUGUGAAAAGAUGAGUGUAAAGAAUGUGGAGAAAGCAGAAUUGUUGAAUCGUUGUUAAUGACUGAAGAAUAUAUGAUCAGUUUGUUUUUAUGUAACAGUUUUGUAAACUGUUCAAACAAUGUUUAAAGGGAAGGUACACAUUUGGUAAUUA